AAAAAAAGAAAAAAAUCUGAUUAAAUUUUGGAAUGAUCUAGAAGAUGAAACACCAUUGUAGAAAAAAAUACAACUUUGCAGGGGUAAUAUCGUCCAAAAUAGGCCUUGGGAGAUACACAAAUAAAAUCCAAGUUGUUUCAAUUUAAUAUGUAAUAAUAUAUACACUAAACUAUAGAUACAGAGGAAAAAUGGGCAGCAGCCGACUUCACUCCGGCGAAUCUCCGCAAAACAUUCACGUUUUCAUGGUUUCUUUCCCGGGUCAGGGUCACGUGAACCCACUCCUCCGCCUCGCCAAGCGUCUCGCCGGUUUCGGCCUCUUCGUCACUCUCGCCGCCCCCGAAUCCGCCGGAGUCACCAUCCGUAAAUCCAGCGACGGCGAGCCGGUCCGGUCGGGCCGGGGCGAAAUCCGGUUCGAAUUUUUCGACGACGGGUGGGACCCGACCCGCCCGAAAAGCAGCAACGACCUCGACGCGUACGUCGCCCAGCUGGAGCUCGUCGGCCGGGAGAAACUCCCUCUGAUGAUCCGUAACCACCAGGAAACGGGUCGACCCGUUUCAUGCUUAAUCAACAACCCGUUUAUCCCGUGGGUUACGGAUGUAGCCGAGAGUUUGGGUAUUCCGAGCGCGAUGCUUUGGGUUCAGUCUUGCGCGAGUUUCUCAGCUUAUUACCAUUACUGCCACAACCUCGUACCUUUCCCUAGUGAAGAAGAACCAGAGAUCGAUGUUCAGUUGCCCUUUCUGCCAUUGUUGAAGCACGACGAAGUUCCGAGUUUCUUGCAUCCGAGCACCGACUACCCUUUUCUGGGGAGGGUAAUUUUGGGACAAUUUAAAAAUUUGUCCAAAACUUUUUGUGUAUUGAUGGACACUUUUGAGGAGCUGGAGCGUGAGAUUAUCUGCCACGUGUCCGAAGUUUGCGGCCGCCCCGUCAGGACUAUUGGCCCGCUGUUCAAGGAGCUCGGGGGUUUCAGCGGUGAUGGUGAGAUUAUCCGUGCGGAUUUUUUCACGGCGGAGGAUGGUGUUGUUGGGUGGCUGGAUACGAAGGCGGCGGCGACGGUGGUUUACGUUUCGUUUGGGAGUGUUGUGAGUUUGGAGCAGGAGCAGGUGGAGGAGAUUGCGUACGGGCUACUUGGAUCUGGGGUUUCGUUUCUGUGGGUUCUACGGCCGCCGGCGAAGGAGUCGGAGUCAGCGGCGGCGGCGCGUGUUCUGCCGGUGGGGUUUCUGGAGGGGCUUGGGGAUAGGGGGAGGGUGGUGACGUGGGCACCGCAGGAGGAGGUGCUGGCGCACCCCUCGACGGCGUGUUUCGUGACGCACUGCGGGUGGAACUCGACGGUGGAGGCGCUGGCCGGCGGGGUUCCGGUGGUGGCGUUCCCUCAGUGGGGGGAUCAGGUGACGGACGCGAAGUUCUUGGUUGAUGUUUUUAAGGUUGGGGUUAGGAUGUGUAGGGGUGCGGCUGAGGGUAGGAUUGUCCGCCGGGAUGAGGUUGAGAAGUGCUUGAGGGCGGCCACCGCCGGCCCCGAGGCGGCGGAGAUGAAGGCGAAUGCGCUCAGGUGGAAGAAGGCGGCGGAGGAGGCGGUGGCGGAGGGUGGUUCGUCUUAUAGAAACAUGCAAGAUUUUGUGGACGAGGUUGUCCAGAUUGUACGUAGCGAUUGAUCACGAGAUUCACUAAUCACUAUAGAUUUUUUUCACCUUUUUUGGCUGUCUUAUUCAUGCAAAAUGUAAUACGACACCUUUUUAUUUAAUUUGAAGUGCAUUAAUUUUGGA